AUGGUUGUCUUCAGCAAAGUUACCUUUGCUCUUGCUCUUUCGGCCGCCGCCUCCGCCGCGGCCGUGCCAGUGCACAGCCCUCGCCAGGGCUUCACUGUCAACCAAGUGACCAGGACCCCUACUCGUUCCAGGUCCGUCAACUUGCCCGGUGUGUACGCCAACGCUCUGUCCAAGUAUGGCGGCACUGUUCCUGCCAAUGUCCACGCCGCUGCUGUUAGCGGCUCUGCUAUUACCACACCCGAGGCCGGCGACAUCGAAUACCUGACUCCCGUCAGCGUUGGCGGCACCACCUUGAACCUGGAUUUCGACACUGGAUCUGCUGAUCUCUGGGUCUUCUCCAGCGAGCUUCCCUCUUCGCAGCAGAGUGGCCACGCCGUCUAUAAGGCUGGCAGCACCGGCACCAAGCUCUCCGGAGCCAGCUGGUCUAUCUCCUACGGUGAUGGCAGCUCUGCUAGCGGUGAUGUCUACAAAGACACCGUCACCGUCGGUGGCGUCAAGGCUACUGGCCAGGCUGUUGAGGCUGCCAAAAAGAUCAGCACCCAGUUCGUGCAGGACCAGAACAACGACGGUCUUUUGGGUCUGGCUUUCAGCUCUAUCAACACUGUCAGCCCCAACCCCCAGACCACCUUCUUUGACACCGUCAAGUCCCAGCUGGACUCACCUCUGUUCGCUGUGACCCUCAAGCACAACGCCCCUGGCACCUACGACUUUGGCUUCAUCGACUCGUCCAAGUACAAAGGCAGCCUGGUCUACGCCGAUGUCGACAGCUCCCAGGGCUUCUGGUCGUUCACGGCCGAUAGCUACAAGAUCGGCACUGGUGCCAAGGGUUCUUCCAUCCAGGGUAUUGCUGACACCGGCACCACUCUCCUCCUUCUUGACAACUCUAUCGUCUCCGCCUACUACAAGCAGGUUUCCGGCUCCCAGAACAGCAACUCGGUCGGUGGCUACGUUUUCCCCUGCUCCGCCAAGCUGCCCAACUUCACCGUCACCAUUGGUGGUUACGAUGCCGUUGUUCCUGGCUCCCUGAUCAACUAUGCGCCCAUCUCCACCGGUAGCUCCACUUGCUAUGGAGGUAUCCAGAGCAACUCUGGCAUUGGAUUCUCCAUCUUCGGUGACAUCUUCCUCAAGAGCCAGUACGUCGUUUUCGACUCCCAGGGCCCUCGCCUUGGCUUUGCCGCCCAGGCAUAA